GGAAGGUCAGGUGUAGGAUCAAGGCUGCAUUUAUAUAAAGACAGAGGAAUAUGCACUGGAAAUCAUCACUUAGAAAGGGAAAAAAACAGAGGAUUUUGAAAGGCACGCUAUGAGGAUCCUAAUUUUUGUCCUCACACUGAGCGUUUUCUCGUGUUCAGGGUUUCAAGUGUACGACUAUGACGUCCCUGUCACAGAAGAGGCUCUCAAUGCUUCCAUUGCAAGGAUCAAUUCUCAGUCAUGGGGGACAAACCUGUAUGGUGUUGUCAGGAGCCAUGUCGCAAGAGUUGACAUGUGGAACAGCGACACUUAUAGACUAGAGCUACGGUUCAGCAUUCGUGAAACUGUGUGCACGAAAGCUUCGGGGCGAGACCCGUUCACGUGCGACUUCAAAAUAGGGCCUUUCGUGCCAACCGCUUUCUGCAGAAGUUUUGUGGAUGUCUCCGGUGAGCUGAUCUCAAACGUUAUUGUGCGGUGCCAUCGUGGCACAUCCAGCUCCGAAUCGAUGAGCAGUGAGGAGAUGAUGCAUAUGCCGAUAAUGAACCCCAACAGGAGAGGCAGCAGUCACAGAGAAGAUGUAUUUGGUCCUGAAGCCUUCCGUUCAAGGGGAAGAGACAGCAGCCGUGGAGACUGGCAUAAACCCAGCUAUUUCAACUCUGACAGGAUUGAAUAAUAUGGAUUGGGUAGAUUGCAGAAUGAGAAGAAUCACGGUUCAAAGACCCAGUAUGUGAAGAAAGAACCUGAUGCCAUUUCCUUUUCUUUUGCCUGGAAAACUGUUCUGUAAUGAAGUGACAGUCUUGAACUCACUUUCUGCUGUGAUGUCAAAUGACCCUCGGAUGAGCUUAUGAGAUGCUAGCUGCCUGCGCUUGUCAGUCGAUAGCUGCCUUUGGUGUGUUAGAGCUCACUGGGAGGAGCCUCAGACACCUGACUGUGUCCAGUAUGUGUUGUACCACCUCAUAACGAUGCUAUUAAAGGAUCAUUAUUCCAUCUGUUUGUUCUGCCUUGGUCUCUGGUUGCUUGUAAUUUUCUGUAAUGCUUGUAGCUGAUUACUGAGUCAUUCAAAGUAAUAAAGGCACUUAAUUCCUUUUUCUCUGAA